AUGAUACUCGAGAUCGACGACUUCCGAGGGUAUCUGCACGACCUGUACCAAGACGGCAAGCUCGAGAUUCCCAUCAUGAUCUUCACCGCUGUGGUGGCUCUCGGGCCAAGUCUCCUGCGUUGCUGCAGGCAGCGCCCCUCCCCUUUGCUCGCGGGGGCCUCGCCUCCAGUGAGCAACGUGGACAGCGACGGGGAAGCGGGCCGCUCGGUGGCGGGGUCGUCGGACGAGUCCGAGCCAGCCAAGGACAUGCAGGAGAUGAAGGCCAUGAUGAGCAACUUGCUCGACGAGAUCACCAAAUCGAGGUCGGAGUCACCACGCGCCCCCCAGAGUCGGAGCGCCUCGUCGGCCGCGUCCCCUGGAGAGAGCAGUCACGCCGGCUGGGAGAGAGCCCCCAGCGUCAACACGGACUCCAGCAUGGACAUGCGUGUGGACAGGAUGACCGACCGGCUGAAGCGCUUCGAGGACACGAUCAAUGCGGGCAAGGCCUCUCCUGGAUGCAAGCCCUUGCAGGACGCUUCGUCCACGUCGGCCACGGCGGGAUCAACGACGUGCCCUACCAUCGACCUGGGGACGAAGGAGGCGCUGGAGGGCGCGGGGGUGAGCCUCGAGCCCUUGAGGGAGGAACUCCGGGACCCCAGGGAGCGGUUGCUGGCCAACCUCUCGAAGAUCGAUGCGCCGCCCACCUUCACCCUCCCAGCGGGCCUCACCUCCCGCGUGGCGCCCGAGCUGCUGGUCCAGACCUACGGGAAGUACGGCAGCAUGGUGAAGUUCGCGACGGACUGGGUUCGCCUCAAGGAGUUGAAUCGCAACCACGGCCACGAGAUGAUGGUGCAAUGCGUGACGCUGGACCGGAUGCUGGAGGCCUCGCCCGAGUUCAUCCAGACGGCGGGCUGCGAGAUCUUAUGCGCACGAGCUUAUGCUUUGAAGCGGGCGUCCAAGGACGCGGCAUGCAUCAACGACUGGAAGCAGCCCCGGGGCAGCGGGGCCAACAAGUGGAAGUCCAAGGUGCGCUGGGACCUCGCGAACGAGCUGGACUGGAGGUCCCUCGCGGAAGGCGAGGAGGCGCUCCCAGGCGUGGAGCGCGACUUGACGGCCAGGCUGCAGCAGAAGGCGCGCCUCCCGAAGCCGUUCCUCGAGACCGAGACCUUCUGCCGGGCUACUUCGAGGAGGUUACUGGAGGCGCGGCUAGCUUGGGGCAGCCAGGUGGCCGCGAUCAAGGAAGACGAGGACGCCGCCCUUCGGCGCGUCAUGGCCGGUCGGGCCUCGCCAUGCUCAGGCGAUGGGGCUACGGUUGCCCUGGGAAAGGAUUCAAAGGGAAGGGAGAUGCUACCAAAGGGCGCGAGGUGCUCCGUCGACGUGGAGGAACUGGCUCUUCCGCCGCCAGGGACCAUCCCUGCCAAGCUCGUGGACAUCUGCCCGCUGGCCGCCGAGUACUUCUCGGACGUUGCGGGGGGGAUGCUACGCGAGCCCAGCAAGGCCAUGGACGAGGAGCUGAAGGGCCAGAAGGUCUACCGAGAUCCGUCUCUUCGAUCGAGGGCGUCGCGUCUCCGCCUAGCCGAGAGGCUUUGGGAUGCGGGGAUGUUCGGGACCACCGACGAGCUGGACGAGGGGGUCUCGCUUUUCGGAGUCCUCAAGAAGUACCUGCAGGAGGAGGGGGGCCCCCUCAGCCCCGCCAGGCGCCAGGUGCGCGCCAUCUGGGACCAGAGGCGGGCCAACCUCCGCUGGCAGAGGCCCCCGCACGUGCCCCUCGGCAGCCCCGCGACCUUUGCUCACGUGGACCUCUCCAACCUGAGCGAGAGGGGCGUGGUCUACACUGGCGUGGGCGACAUCCCGGACAUGUUCUAUCGUUUGGAGACGCCGCCCGAUGUCUGGCCCUACUUUGUAUUGGAGGAGGUACCAGUCCACGAGUUCGUCGAAUGCAUGAGGACCAAGGGACGGGACUGCGUCAUCCCCGAUGGCGGGCCCUUCCUGGCGCUGAAGGUCCUAGUCAUGGGCUGGUCGUGGGCCCCGUUCUUGGCCCACUCUACGCUGCAGGCCUGCAUGGCGCGCGGGCUCGGGGAGGACUCCGUCGGUGCGCGUCUGGUCUAUGGGGCUCCGACGCCUCAACUGACCGGGCCCGAGGGGUUCGAGUCGGUGAACUGGGCGUACAUGGACGACUACGGGGCCAUGGCCACGUCCGCCAGCGUGCAGCAGCCGGCGAGCGAGGUCGCGAGCGGACUGACGGCCCGAGUCAAGCACUACUUGAGGCAGGUCGGGCUCCCCGUCCACAAGGAGACCGAAGGCGAGGGGCUCGAGUCGCUGGGGGCGGUCAUCCGAGGCCGACCCUACUCCGUCUCAGCCGAGACCGACCGCACCUGCGGCCUGGCUCUGGUGACGCUGCGGCUGGUAGAGCGGACGUACUGGACCGCGGAGCUCCUCGAGUGUGUCGUGGGGUUGUGGGCGUGGGCGGCCAUCUUCCAGCGCACGGGCCUCGCCAUCUUCGACCAGGUGUACCACGAGAUGAGACGUCCCGAGACCGCCAAGACGCCGUUCCGACUGACGGACGCGGCAAGGUGGGAGCUGACUACAAUGGCAUACUGCGCACCCCUCUUACGUACGGAUCUCGAAGCUCCGUGGCUCUCGCAGGUGUUCAUGACGGACUCCAGCGACACGGGCUACGGAGCGGCGGUCACCGACGCCUCGCUGGAGGAGAUCAGGAAGGACGCCCGUUACAGCGAGAUGAGGGGAUGGACGAUCGCCGCCGAGGAUAUUUACACAGCCCAGGAGGAGGACGCCUGGGUCCCCCACGCUGGGGGGUGUACCUACGACGUCGACGAGCUUAUCGAGGCAUCGACUGCACCGCCGCCGCGGGUAAGCCGGAGGGUCUACCGGGUGCUGCACCUCUUCGCGGGCAGGCGCCGGGAGGGGGAUCUAGAGGAGGCCAUCCACUCGCGGGCGGAGCGCGACGGCUACGAGGUCGAGGUCUGGUCCAUCGACGCGGUGAUCAACCCGAAGCACGACCUCACCAACGACGAGUUCGUCAGCUUGAUCCUGAGCCUGGCGCGCGACGGGUACUUCCACGCAGUGAUCGCCUCGCCCCCACGUUCAACUUGGAGUCGGGCUCGCUUCCUGGAGAAGGGGCCCAGGCCCUUGCGGACGCGCCUCGAGCCUUGGGGGCGGAGCGACAUGUCAUUCACAGCCUUCGAGCGCUUCCGCCUGGACCUAGGGUCGCGCCUUUUGCUGUCGGCCAUGCAGGCGGUCCGCGAGGUAUGUCGAGCUGGAGGCCCAGGCUUGAUGGAGCACCCUGCGGACCCAGAGGAGGACCCACGCCCGUCAAUCUGGAACCUACCCGAGAUGGCAUGCCUCCUCGAGGAGACGGGCGGGAGGAUCAAUCGGAUCGACCAGUGCCGCUACGGAGCCCCGUCGAUGAAGCCGACCAUGAUUGGCAUCUUCGGGUUCUACGACGACGCACUGGACCUCGCCGCGGACCGUCUCCGAUUGAGGUGCAACCACCGAGGGAGGCGUCAGGCAGUACUCAAGGGACGGGUGGAGCGCGGCCGUCCCGAUUUCUGCACCGCUUCCGCCCAGGCGUACCAGCCGCCGCUGUGCGCCGCGCUGGCGGAGGUGAUCAUCGAGGCGUUCGCCCGCAUGACGAAGGAGAUGAGGGGCCCCGAUCCGACGGGCUCGCGUGUGUCUCCAUCCACUUCGUCCUUCGGCCCACCGAGGUCACGAUCUACGCGACCUGGGCCGCGCAUGUACGGGAUACGCUGGUGGGUAGCUGCCAUGGUAUUGGAGGCAGUCCACCCUGUUGGAGCGGUUCGCCCGAAGCCACCCAGGGCGGGGGACAUCCCCCUGCAGAAGCGAGGGCCACGGGCGCGGGAGAACUACGAGAAGGAGCCGCACCGGGGCAUCAGCGAGGGCGGCUUCACAAGGCUGCUUACCCACUCCGUGGCGGACGUCACUGCGGCGCAGUGGGCCCCGAAGGUUCGAGACUUUCUUAGCCACUGCGUCGACAAGGGUUGGGAGCUGCGGUCCGCGAACGCCGUGGACCACGCCCUGGCCGACUACGUGGACAUGAAGUGCUACAAGGAAGCUGUCUUCGCCAUCGCCAUCUACUUCUUCGAGGCGGGGCUCCUGGAUGAAGCCAUCUGGACCCUCGUGCAGUACGACGUCUACGGGCGGGAGCAGGACAUGGAGAUGCUACGCGAGGCCGACAUCAUUUGGGAUGGCCGAUGCGUGGGCCUCCUGUUUGGCAUCUCGGCCCGAGGCGAGGAGGGCAGGACGGGCAGCAAUCAAGGAGUCGUCAUCCGCCGCGGCACGGUCGCGAGCCUCAUCCUGGCCCUGAAGGGCGUCAAGAAGAAUGCCACGGGGCCCAUCUUCGGCCCCAAGCAGGCAGGCUUCCGCAAAGAGUGGCACCGCGCAUGUCGCUCGCUUGGGAUGCCCUGGGCGCCGCCUCCGCACGGGCCCCGCCACUCGGGGCCCAGCGAGGACGUGGCCCGAGGACGGGCCAGCCUAGAGCAGGUGCGGAGGCGGGGCAGGUGGAAGGCAUUGUCCAGCGUCAAACGGUACUCCAAGACGUUCGCCCUCACGCAGUUCCGUGCACAAACGCCGAAGAAGGUGCUGGACGUGGGCUUCCGUGCGACCUCGGACCUAGUUGCCGAGAUACUCCGUGCGAUAGAGUCCCGCACCAACUACAGCAAGCAGCAGCAGCAGCAGCUGGUCGACGGCAUCAGGACGAAUCUGAAGACGAAGAAGGUGAAAGAUGUCGCCGCAGAGCUCUUGAUGCUGGGACCCACCACAAAGCAGAAGCAGAAGACCACCACCAACAAGAAGUCCACCAAGGGUGACACAAGCUGCCCAGAGUCCGACGACCUCUACUCCGACGAGACGUGGGGAGAGGGCAGCGCUGCUGGCAUGUCGCAGCCAAGUGCAGUCCAGCUCGACGGGUUUGGCGUGGCAGACGGCGACGUGGCAGCUGGUCCCAACAAGAUGACGUGCUUCUUGUGUGAGCAGGAAGAGUUCUGCACCAAGGAGUGGCGCGGCAUCGUGCUCUCUGCGCGGCGCUGGAAUGCGGUUCGAGCCCAUCGCUUGCAGCUGAAGGGCAACGCGAAGGCCCUCAAGGAGGCUGCAGACAAGGUGCAAGCGCAUCCCGACGAAUGGCGAGCUGAGGUGAAGCCAUACAUCCAGAAUGACACGGCAAGUCGUAGGGUCGCUCGUGCUCAGACGCAGCAGAACCUCGUUGUGCAGCAUUCGGCCGACAUGACGAUCGAGUCGAAGCGCCAGGGGAAGAAGACGGAGUACUUCUCGAAGCGACGCUUGAAGUCAUACAGAGCCUUCUGGGACAUGGUAGACUCAGAUGGCGCCAGCGAGGAGUUCGACAUGAUGCAGGAGGCAGAUCCCCACUACGACAGCGACGGUGAGCCGAUCCAGUCCAUCAAGGCCCGCAAGUACGAGAGAGAGGAGAGUGGCCGCGACAAGAGGACGGGCAAUGUGAGGCAGCGCAUUGUGGAUGACCACGGUGGCGGCUCUGAGCCUGCCGUGAGCCCAGGCGCCGAUAUUCGUCGAUUGAUUGGCCUCGGUGACCUCCCGUCUGGCCACUUGGAGCAGAUUCCUCGAGGCAGUUCGCCAUUGCGAAGCUUGCCCACGGCCAAGCGCGUCAAGCUGGAUGACGAUGUAGCAUCGUCGAAGGCCAAGGCCCCGAGGAUGGACAUCAAGACGAAGAUCGAGGAGAUCGCCGAGAGCUGCACGAACCUGCUGAAGAAGCACACUGGUGCGAAGCCGACUUCGAAGAAGCUGCAGGCCCUCGUGAACAAGCACAAGCAGCAUGUGGAUGCUCCAGAUUGCUCUACGAUCAUCAUGGGCUUCGCGACGCACGUGGCUGAGGUUGAGAACAUCAAGGGGCCGUCGCUGAGCAGUCUGAAGCUUGACGGCGUGGAGGCUCUCAAGCUGAGGGCGGUCGAGGUGACGUCGAAGCUCGAUGAUCUAGAUGCGCAGGCCAAGAAGAAGAUGACUACGUUCGGCGUCGUGGACUCGACCGCCAGGAAGGCGCAGCGCACGGGGCACGUGGCAGUGCGCCACCAGAAGAGCAAGGUCAAUUGGACAAGCGAACUCAAUCUCAUAACCCUUCCUGUCAUCCAGCCGCUGGAGGCCGAGGCCGGCUCGAAGAUGUGGAAGGCGCGAGAGGCCACCAUGGACAAGUGCGAGGUGGCCCCCCGCGAGAAGGUGAGGGCGCUGGACGCGCAGAUGUCGACCGCGAAGUGGGCUGGGGCUCUCGCGCGUCUGAGCGCCGACUUGACGAAAGUGGAAUUCCACAUGCCCGCCAUCGCGGGCGAGUUGUUCAUGACAGACAACCACCCGAGCACCGUGACGUUGCGCCGCGACGCCUGUCGGAGGGGCCCUGCGGCGUUCAACGUGUUGGGCGCUGGCUGCUACGUGGCGGCGCUCGACGGGGCCAUGAUCCUCAUGGUGCACAAGAUCCACGACCUGCUCAACAAUGGCAUCGUGAUCUCCAACCUGCCAGGGUUGGCCUGUUUCAUGAACCCAAAGGCGUGCGCGAUCUUCACUUUGCCGAAGAUGACGAUGGCGUGGAUUCCCCACGGUUUCUUGUGCACUGCGGUGUGCUACAACGGGGUUGCUGCAAACGACAGGGAGGCUGCGAAAUGGGCCCACUUUCUCUCAGUGACGGUCUUGGCGAUUGGCCUCGCGCAGCAGACCCCGAAGCACGCGUUCGCCGCCUUGGCCAAGGACCUCGACGACCAUUGCAAGACGGAGAGUGCGCAGGUGUGGAAGGACCGCGCUGCGGUGUGGGCCGCCUUCUCGAAGCACGUCCUCGGUGAGUGA